AUGAACAGUCUUAGUCUUAGAGGUAACUUCCUUACAGUUUCUCGUGGUCGUAAGAGAGAUUCCAACAACGUUGAUCAAUCAUUAACAAACAUUAUGCAAAAUGAAACACCGAAUACAUUCAUUGAACUCAAAAUUCUUCCGCUAAUAUACAAGAAUUGUACAACAUCAGUUUUAUUAAUGCUAGAAAAUGCUCGCUUACGAUGCUCUAUAGCAGAUUAUAAAGCCAUUUUAAAACACUUGUGUGAAGUAUUAGAUUAUAGUUCGUACAGAGCUCGAAGCUUGCGAUUGGCUUCAAUAAGAGCAGAUAUGCGAUCGGGUUCAGCAAGAAGACAGAGAUUAUCUGAACGAUCGACCGCGAUGCCAUCCACUACAGAUGCCGAAAAUUAUCAUUUAGCCAUAUUGUAUUAUGUUGCUAGCAUAUGUCAUAAACUGAAUAUCAAUGAUUCCGAAGUAUGGCAUAGCUUAUUAAAGAAUAAAUUGACACAAACGCCCAAAUUUUAUCGUUAUUUAUUGUCACAUAAUAUUCAAAUCCCUUUAAUCGACUGGACAUCGAUAAAUUCUACUUUUCUCCCGCGUCGCCAGCGUCGUCAACUAUGGACACCAAAAAUGAAUAUGAAUUUAAUCCGUGUGAGUAUGCGAUCUAAAAUGGGUUGCAUGAAUGUAUUGACAUCAUCAGAUUUUUCAAGUAUUGCCAAUUGGGAGAAGUUAAUGUACUAUUUAAGAAUGUAUGAACAAGAAUUUCGUUUGACUGAUAAACCGUCAGUGGUAUUCCCAGUAACUUUAAUAUUUAAAAAGAUAAAUACACCAGAAAAGCUAUCACUAUUUAUAAAUUAUUUUCCAGAACAUAAUCUUAAUGAAUUGAUUUCCAUCCACCGAUAUCGGAUAAUAAAUUGUACGUUAUUUGAUUUAUUGAUUAGUAUGCAACCAUUUUUUUAUUUAAAUGAUGAUGAUGAUGAUAGUCGAUCAGGUCCAAAUAACAAAAAAAAAUAUAGGACGUUACGAAUAUUAAAGUUAUUCAAUUAUUUUGUGUUGAAAAGUGCUAUGGUAAAUAACUGUGAGUUAUCAGUGAUUUCCAUCAGAAGAAGACGAUAGAUUCCUUUUUAUUUGGAACAGAUUAUUUACAAAAGUUUGAGAAUCAUUCGUAUGGUAGAUCCAUGAGAAAUCUUUUUAUUUAUUAAAUUUUU